AUGAACGUUCUGUUGGAACGAGGAGUCCCAGUCGUCCCGUUAACGACGACCUUCCGAGCACAUCCAUUGUUGAAUGACCUCCCGAACUUAGUUUUCUAUGAGCACCAGCUAGUCGACGGAACUCAAGCAGAAGAACGCCAACUCUUUUUGUCGUCAGUGCGGUGCCCGAACCCACACUUGCCGUUCCUGUUCGUAGACGUCCCUGGAGAAUCGACCAAGUCACUCAGCGGUUCGCAUAGUAAUUCAGCAGAAGCCGAAGUUUGUCGCCAGAUCGUCACCAGCCUCCUAAAGAAGGACGUCCCGCCCGCAUCGAUCGCCAUCAUAGUCUUCUAUAAGGAGCAAUCCCGGACCUUAGCGCACUUCGCCCGCACCUCAUCCGUAGAUCUUCACACAGUGGACUCCGUUCAAGGCCGCGAGAAGGACAUAGUCAUACUGUUAACGACCCGGACGAAGUUCGACCCAUCGCGUGGAGAGUUUCUCAACGACCCGCAUCGUCUCAACGUCGCACUAUCAAGAUGCCGACAUGGCCAAUUUGUACUAGGUCACGAAAAGUCUUUGGCAGGCUUGUCCUAUUGGGCUGAUAUCCUCCAAUGGGCUAAUAACCGCAGGGCCGUUACUACAGCAGCGGCUCUCCCAGACCUUCUAGAAUAG